AUGGCGCUGCUGAGAGCGGUUGUGUCCUCUGUGCUGUUCAGCCGGGUGCUGUUGGCGCUGGUGCUGGACCUGGACGACUCGUUUAAGGACAGCAGGAUGGAGGAUGUGUGGCUGGUGGACUUCUACGCGCCGUGGUGUGGCUACUGUAAGAAGCUGGAGCCGGUGUGGGAGGAGGUCGGAGCUGAGCUGACGCGCUCGGGGUCGCCGGUUCGAGUGGGAAAAAUGGACGCCACUGCAUAUUCAGGAAUGGCGUCAGAGUUCGGUGUACGGGGAUAUCCCACAAUCAAGCUGCUCAAGGGGGAUCUGGCUUAUAAUUAUAAAGGACCCAGAACUAAAGAUGACAUUAUCGAGUUUGCCAAUAGAGUGGCUGGGCCUGCUGUGCGUGCGCUGCCGAGCAGACAGAUGUUUGAGCAUGUGCUGAAGAGACACAGUGUGCUGUUCCUGUAUGUCGGAGGAGAGUCUCCACUGAAGGAGAAGUACAUCGAGGUGGCCUCAGAGCUCAUCGUGUACACGUAUUUCUUCUCUGCGUCUGAGGAGGUCUUGACAGAGGCUGUGGUUCUGCCUGAGCUGCCCUCCGUCGUCGUCUUCAAAGAUGCAUCAUUUUUCACGUAUGAUGAGUAUGAGGACGGCAGUUUGUCGUCCUGGGUGAACCGAGAGCGUUUUCAGAGUUACCUGCAGAUCGACGGAUUCACACUCUAUGAGCUGGGGGAAACCGGUAAACUGGUGGCCAUCGCAGUUACAGAUGAAAAAGACCAGAGCGAUCAGAGCAGCAGGUUGAAAGGUCUCAUCCAGAGAGUCGCUACUGAACACAGGGAGCAGUUUAACAGGGAUUUCCAGUUCGGACACAUGUCUGGGAAUGACUACAUCAACAGCCUCAUCAUGGGCGAGGUGUCGAUUCCCAGCAUCAUCAUCCUCAACACCUCUAAUGAGCAGUACUUUCUGCCUGCGGAGCCCGUGGAGGAUCUCCAGCAGAUGCUGCAGUUCUUCAGCAGUGUUCUGGAUGGCAGCGCUCCGGCGUACGGAGGAGACGGAAUAUUCCAGAGGAUCAAGCGUGUGGCGUAUGAUGCCAGAUCCACCAUCAUGUCUGUUUUCCGCAGUUCUCCUCUGCUGGGUUGUUUCCUCUUCGGCCUGCCGCUCGGGGUCAUCAGUCUGAUGUGUUACGGGAUCUGCACGGCCGAGUCUGACGACGGGACGGAGGAUCUGGAGCUGAUGAAGACUGAGGAGGAGGAGGAGGAGGAAGAGCAGCGGCUGACGGAGAGAACAGAAGAAGAGGAGGAGCAGAUGGAGAGAAGAGCAGAAGAAGAGCAGACGGAGAGCAAGAGUCCUGCUGAGAAGAAGCUGGAUUAACAGGAGCUGCUUCAGUUUCACCUCUAGCACAGACUGGCAGAACUCACACACACACACACACACACACACACAGACAGCGCAGAUAUGCAGCUCGUUAGGUCAUUAAUCAUCAUCAGUGUGACGAGCUCUUCUGAUGGAGGAGUUCUCUUCUGUUCAUGGGUGAAGGAGAAACUGCAGGAUCAGAAGAUCAGCUUCAGUCCAGCGCCACGUUAAUGAGCUCUCGCUACUGUUACAUGACUGACUGCAUACAUGUGUGUGUGUGUGUGUGUGUGUGUGUGUGUGUGUGUGUGUGUGUGUG